AUGAUCAAGUCGCCUUACCAGUUGCCAUAUAACAAGACCAAGGGAGAGACAGGCGUCAAACGCUGCGAAUGUGACCUUGGAGCUACCGGUCCGCUAUGCGAGCACAGAUGUUGUCGGGACGUUGGCGCGCAUGGCUCAUGUCGCAUCAUUCCGGAAGACGGAUGUGAUUGUGAAAGGAAUUACACGGGCAAAAAUUGUGAAACCCGUAUAGAGGUGCCAGACAUUUUCUGUAACUGCGUUCACGGCUCAUGUAAUGAAGCGGGCACCUGCAAAUGUUACGAAGGUUGGACGGGCGCAACGUGCGAAAUCUCUUGUACAGAUAACUGCGGUCAAGGCAAACUGAUAGUUUGUCAGUGCGAUAUCGGUGUAGCGCCCGGUCAGCUGUGUGAGCACAAAUGUUGCAAGGACUGUGGCGCCCACGGAAGGUGCUAUUAUAACGUGACGCAAAAAGAGGAGCGGUGCAACUGUGACGCGAACUAUACAGGUUCACUGUGUGAGAUAUACAAUCCGCCAGUGAAGAACCCAGAAGUUGAGAAGGUUCAUUGGUGGUUCUAUCUGAUUGUCAUACUGAUUCCAAUCCUCUUGAUGACGCUGCUAACAGCACUGUUUCUCAUGUAUCUAUGGAAACGGCGCGUCAUCGUUGUUCUGAAAGCUGUCAGGUUGUUUCAAGCGUAUGAAGAUGACGGUAAUAAAUGA